GCCGCCUGGGAGCUGUUUUGACGUAUCAGAGUGGGAAGCAGAAAGUUGAUGAUGCUCCUUAUUAUAGAAUCUUUCUAAAUUUAGCCAGGGAGUGACAGAGCGCUACAUACAGUUGGAAAGCUAUUUCAAAUUUGUUUUUAAGCUUACAGUGUGUUCAGAGAGCAACAGAGGUUAGAGCCGGUCCAGGUCACCAGGGGAAUGCAAUGCUGCGGGCUGCAUGAACCAGCUCCUGAAAAGACCUGUGAGUGGCUGAGAAACAAAGGGAUUUGGGAUUUUGAUUAACGCACCCACCUUCAGGGCGCGUCACCGCCGUAGACGUGAUAUGCCAGCACAUAGCCUGCAGUGUUUUCUGUUUUGAUUUCUUGAAAGUUGAGUUUUAUUAUUUUUGAGUUACUCUUAUCUCAGUACUGUAAUCCACCGCGUUGCCAUGCAAGGCGAAGUAAUGUGAAGCGCAGUCAGGGUCCUGCAACACGAGAUCACAGCCUCGACUCAUUGCACAAAUAGUGGUGCUGGAGAGAGUGGCUGCGUGUUUCUGCCCUGACAGUAGGAUUUCUCAAGAGCUCUCGUUUUGAAGUUGCUUUGAUGAACUUUGCAGAGAGACGCGUGCCAAAUAGGAGAUGUGCUGCGAGAAAUUUAUAAUUGCAGUUUAGUCCGAAUUCACCUGUCUUGCAGUUCAUCUGGCAUUGAUAUAGGCGUUUUUCGAGCACCAGUAAUGUCCAUUCAAAUGGAUGUUUGAGCGCUCGGGCUUUACAUCGCUUCGCUUAGUGAGCCCUUGGACAAUGUAGCUGCCAGGCAUAGCUGUUAUCUUGGAAAACACUGAGAAAGAGGAGUUUGUCCGACUUGCCAAUGUGAGCAACACUUCAGAACCAAGGACAGAUCCCCACCUCUGCGUGGCAAACAUGUUCAAAGUUAACCUCAUCUGGACUCAGCUCAUCACAUGAGGCUCUAUUCCUACACUACCUAAACCACAUCCUCUAAUUGUUUGUACACGCAUGUUUGCGCGAAUCGUGUGAAGAAGAGCAUUGUUACGCGGAGUCCUGCACAUGCAUCAAGCAAGACACGUUUGCACAGAUACCAUCAGGAAAUAUCAAAGAUGCUACAUCUGUUAAGAGAAGACUUAAAAGUCAUUCACCGCCAGACCCUGUAAUCAUAUUCCUCACUACGUCUGCCAGCUGAAACCUGUUACCUGAUCUGGCCAUGCUGAGUCUGGGCCUCUGCCCAAGGUUGUUGGCCACUAAUGCCCACUGGUGGCCUCUCCACAUCCUCCUGUUGGAGCUACUGGUCCCGGGAGUCCUACCCAGCAGCUCCCGAAUCCCUGCGGCAGCCAAACGUGAGAUCACCAUUGAUGGAGACUUGGUGAUCGGAGGCCUGUUUCCAGUGCAUCAGAAAGGUGAGGGGAUGGAGGACUGUGGCAAGAUCAAUGAGGAAAGAGGGAUCCAAAGACUUGAAGCCAUGCUGCUGGCACUUGAUGAAAUUAACUCCAGUGAUCGCAUCCUGCCGGGACUCCAGCUAGGGGCCCACAUCCUGGACACCUGCUCAAAGGACACCUACGCUCUGGAGCAGUCCCUGGAGUUUGUCAGGGCCUCCCUCACCAAGGUGCAUGAGCCAGGCUUCAUCUGCCCCGACGGCUCCAACCCCAUCCAAAACGAGGUCCCACUGGCCAUCUCUGGGGUCAUUGGAGGAUCCUACAGUGAUGUUUCUAUUCAGGUGGCAAACCUUCUCCGCUUGUUCCAGAUUCCUCAGAUCAGCUACGCUUCCACUAGUGCCAAACUCAGCGAUAAGACCCGCUAUGACUACUUUGCCCGCACCGUGCCCCCUGACUUUUACCAGGCCAAGGCCAUGGCUGAAAUUCUGCGUUACUUCAACUGGACCUACGUCUCGACAGUAGCAUCAGAGGGCGACUAUGGCGAGACUGGCAUUGAUGCCUUCCAGCAGGAGGCCCGCACUCGCCAAAUCUGUAUUGCAACUGCAGCCAAGGUGAGCCGCUCCAUGAGCCGCCAGGGCUAUGACAAUGUGAUCCGCUCCCUGCAGCAGAAAUCCAAUGCCAAGGUGGUCAUCCUGUUCACCCGCAGCGAGGAUGCCCGAGAGCUGCUGGUGGCCGCUGCUCGAAUGAAUGUGACUUUCACCUGGGUGGCGAGUGAUGGCUGGGGGGCACAGGAGAGCGUGGUAAGGGGCAGCGAGACAGCAGCAGAUGGGGCCUUCACAAUUGAGCUGGCUUCCUAUCCGAUCAGAGAGUUUGAAGACUACUUCACAAAGCUGAACCCGUACACUAACACAAGGAACCCGUGGUUCAAGGAGUUUUGGGAACACCGAUUUCGCUGCAGCCUCCAGGAGCCUGGUUGUACUGAGCAUAGCCUACGUGAUGGAACAUUUGAGCAGGAGUCCAAGAUCAUGUUUGUGGUGAACGCAGUGUAUGCCAUGGCUUACGCUCUACACAACAUGAGGCAGGCUGUAUGCUCCAAUGCAUCCAAAGUCUGUGAUGCCAUGAAACCAGGCAAUGGCAAGAGGUUCUACAAAGAGUUCAUCCUGAAGACCAAGUUUGAAGCUCCAUUCAGACAUGCAGACACUGAGAACAUUGUGCGCUUUGACUCUGUUGGCGACAGCAUUGGCCGCUACAACAUUUUUCAUUAUCAUAAAGAAGAUGGGAAGUUCAUCUACAAGAAGGUUGGCUACUGGGCCCAAAACCUGACCCUAAACACCACCAUGGUGCCCUGGCAUGGCCUUGUACCGCCCACUUCCCAGUGUAGUGACCCCUGCAGGAAGAAUGAAGUGAAGAGCAUGCAGCCUGGAGAUGUGUGUUGCUGGAUCUGUAUCCCUUGUCAGCCCUACCAGUACCUGCUGGAUGAGUUCACCUGUGCUAACUGCAGCUUUGGUCAGUGGCCUCUGGCCAACCUGACAGGCUGCUUUGACCUGCCUGAAGAAUACAUCCGGUGGGAGGAUGCCUGGGCUAUUGGGCCUGUUACCAUCUCCUGCCUUGGCAUAUUGUGUACUCUGUCAGUUGUUGGCCUGUUUUUCAAGCACAAUGAAACACCCAUAGUGAAGGCCAGUGGACGUGAGCUCUCGUAUAUCCUCCUGCUGGGAGUGCUGAUGUGCUACAGCAUGACCUUCAUCUACAUUACCAAACCUUCCACUGCCGUAUGCACACUACGCCGGCUAGGCCUGGGCACCUCCUUUGCUGUGUGCUACUCUGCCCUGCUAACUAAGACCAACCGCAUUGCUCGGAUCUUCAGCGGGGUGAAGGAUGGAGCCCAGCGGCCCCGGUUCAUCAGCCCAGCCUCCCAAGUUGCUAUUUGUGGUGCUCUAAUCUCCUGCCAGCUGCUAGUGGCUGUGAUCUGGCUGCUGGUGGAGAUGCCAGGGGUUAGGAAGGAGGUGAGUCCUGAGAGGAGAGACGUGGUCACCCUAAAGUGUAACAGCAAGGACUCCAGCAUGCUCAUGUCGCUCACCUACAACUGCAUCCUCAUCAUCCUCUGCACUGUCUAUGCCUUCAAGACCCGAAAGUGCCCGGAGAACUUCAAUGAGGCCAAGUUCAUUGGGUUCACCAUGUACACCACCUGCAUCAUCUGGCUGGCCUUUCAGCCCAUCUUCUAUGUCACUGCCAGUGACUAUAGGGUGCAGACCACCACCAUGUGCAUCUCAGUCAGUCUCAGUGGAUCUGUGGUGCUGGGCUGCCUCUUUGCCCCCAAGGUCCACAUCAUCCUGUUCCAGCCCCAGAAGAAUGUGACCACACUCAGGGUCACAGCCAAUCGCUUCAGUGCCACGGUGUCUGCCUCUGCCUCUGCUCCCAGCUCCAGCUACUCAAAAGGAUCAGCCUCCAAUUAUGUGCCAACAGUUUGUAACGGCCGUGAGGUGGUGGACUCUACAACAUCUUCUCUGUGAAGAAGAUCCCUCUCCAAGUGUAAGACGCCAUCCCUUCAUUAAUCAUCCCUCCAUCGAACAAGGCUGCCUGUGACAGAAACCCGUGCCAUCAAACAUGCUGCCGAGAGAUAACUCUGUCCCAGUAGACUGAUGGUGGCAAGGGUAUACUUCUAACUGUGAAAGCUAAAUGAUGUUGCUCUGGCAAACAGUGUGUACCAGUCGUAAAGCCUUUUUGUAUAGAUUUAACGUGUGGUGAUAUCGCCUUGGUUUACAGAUAGACAUGGUUGGAUGGACUGAGCCUUGCCAUAAGAAGUCUUGUCAGCUGGGUGGUUGUGAAACAAUCAUUGUGUUAUACAAAUUAAAAGGUUGUUCUUAUCUUGUCCUUACAGUGCUGUGAAUAAUAUCCAAAUGUUUCUUUAGACAAUGACUAAAAAAAAAAAAAUAAAUAAAAAAAAAAUCCUACUGAAUGAAUUUACCUCUUCCUCUAAACAAAAUGAUAUGCGAUUAACCAUAGUGAAGUGAUGAAACCUAGGCAACUACACAAUAUAAAGGACAAUGUUUUAAUGUAGACUAUGGUGAACCAGUUUGUGCUUUUCCUGUAAUUUAUGUAAAUAAAAUGUUUUUUUUUUUUUUAAUAUUAAAAUAUUAAAUACCA